AAUUAAAUAGAGUUAUAUUUAAAUAUUUAUUUCAUUGUAUAAUUUUUUUGUGUAAAUAUUUAAAACACUAUUGUUAUUAAAUAAAUAAAUAUAAAUUAAAAAAUGUCAGCAAAUGAAGAUGUAGAAGAAAAAGUUAUUAAUGAGGAAUAUAAAAUUUGGAAAAGACACACCCCAUUUCUUUAUGAUAUGGUAAUUACCCAUGCACUUGAGUGGCCAUCACUUACUGUAGCUUGGUUACCUUCAAAAACAACCCCACCAAAUAAACAAUAUUGUAUAGAAAAAGUUAUUUUAGGUACACAUACAUCAGAUGAAGAACAAAAUUAUCUUAUGGUAGCAAAAGUUCAUUUACCAGUUGAUGAAGCUUCAAUUGAAUCAUUAAAAUAUGAUGAUUCUAAAGGUGAAUUAGGUGGAAUUGGUAAUGUUUCAGAAAAGAUUGAAAUUGUUCAAAAAAUUAAUCAUGAAGGUGAAGUAAAUAGAGCAAGAGUUAUGCCACAAAACCAUACAAUUAUAGCAACCAAAACAGUAUCAUCAGAGGUUUAUAUUUUCGAUACAACCAAACAUCCAUUAGAGCCAAAUCCUGAUGGUAAAUGCUGUCCAAAUCUUAAAUUAACAGGUCAUAAAAAAGAAGGUUAUGGUAUUAGUUGGAAUCCAACAAAGGAAGGUCAUUUACUUAGUUGUUCAGAUGAUCAAUCAAUUUGUAUGUGGGAUAUAGCAGCAGCCUCUAAGAGUGACUCAACAUUAGAAGCAUUGAAUAUUUAUAGUGCACAUACCUCAAUUGUUGAAGAUGUCGCAUGGCAUUAUAUCCACGAUAGUUAUUUUGGAUCAGUAGGUGAUGACAAGAAAUUAAUGAUUUGGGAUACACGUUCAGGCACCAAACCAAUUCACGCUGUAGAAGCCCAUGCAUCUGAAGUUAAUUGUCUUUCAUUCAAUCCAUUCAGUGAAUUUUUAGUUGCAACUGGUUCAACAGAUAAAACUGUAGCUCUCUGGGAUAUGAGAAACCUCAACAAUCGUUUACAUACCCUUGUCUCACACACUGAUGAAGUUUUCCAAGUACAAUUCUCACCACAUAACGAAACUGUUUUAGCAAGUUGUGGCUCUGACCGUAGAGUAAAUGUUUGGGAUCUUUCAAGAAUUGGUGAAGAACAAAACAAUGAAGAUGCUGCUGAUGGUCCACCAGAACUCUUGUUUAUACAUGGUGGUCAUACCUCUAAAAUUUCAGAUUUCUCUUGGAACCCACACGAUCCAUGGUCUAUUGCUUCCGUUGCUGAAGACAAUAUUCUUCAAAUUUGGCAAAUGGCUGAAAAUAUUUAUAACGAUCAAGAAGAUGAUGAAAAACUUUCCAACUCUCAAUUAGGUGAAUAAAAUAAAUAAUAAUAUUUAUAUAUAUUUUAAGCAAAAUAAAAAAGUUAUAAAAAAAAAAUAAAAAAAUAAAAAAACCAAUAAAUAAUAAAAAAAACAAAUAAAAAUAAUACCAAAUUUGGUUUCGUAUAUU